AUGACAGAAGAGAGCAAGUUCUGCAAAAAUUGUAAACAAAAUGUGCCUGCUGGCAACUUCUCUCUCCAUGAGGCUCACUGCAUGCGGUUCCUCACUGUCUGUCCAGAGUGUGAUGAACCAGUUGCUCAAAAGGAUAUGGAAGACCAUCAGACAGAAGCACACAAGCAGAUCAGAUGUAGUCUUUGCCAUCAAAGCAUGCAGCAAUACCAGUUGGAGCAUCAUGAGAACAAGGAGUGUCAAAAACGAGCAAUGAAAUGCAGCAUCUGUGAUCUUGAAAUGCCCUUCAACAAGCUACAGGAGCACCUGGACACCUGUGCCAGCCGAACAGAGAGGUGUCAGGAGUGUAACAAGUACAUCAUGUACAAAGACCAGAACAAACACAAAGAGAUUUGUCCCAACAGUGGUCUGUCCUGCCAUGAGGAUGUGGACUUUCAAACCAGUGCAGCAUCCACUAAUGCAACAUUUAUUCACCCCACUGGUACUGGUGGCAAUCUUUGUUCGAAGUGCAGUAAGUCAUUCCCAGAUUUCCAGUACUCCCAACAUCUGGAUAAAUGCAGUGCAGCCCAUAAGCUGACUAAAGUUAUAGCUGGACAGUCAACUUCAAACCAGAUCAGGGAUCCACCACAGUCUUCUUCCUUCCUGGCUUCCUCUUCCUCUUCUGAGAAUGCAAUGGCAUGGAAAGAUGUCCGUCCCAAAGGGAAAGAAAGGGACCAGCCACUGACCUCCAAAACCCCAAAGAACAAAAAGAUUGGCUUUCCUUCUCCCAUAAGAGGUGGACAUUCCACAUCACCUCAAGGUCUUAAAGACACUCAGUCUUUUGACAUGCUGGUGACCUGUGACCAUUGCAACAUUCUGCUGCCACUUCCAACCCUUCGGAAACAUGAGGUGAGAAGUGAUGCAUUGGACUUGGCCUCCUACCUGCAAAGGGCCAUACCUACACAGUCA